ACCAUUGGGUGGACGAAUGGGUGGGAGUGUACACGCGGGGAGGAGAAAGAGAUAAUAGAAAAUGGGGGAAGAUAGAGUAAGACCGUCGGCUUUUUUGGUGCAAGGAUUAUCUACUUUUGCAAUUGCGUACCUGACAAGUCUAACGGGUUUAAUCUACGGUUGGCCAUCUUAUACCUUGGAGAUGUUCCAAUCAAACGCAACUGUGUUGUCCGCGCCCAUGUCCACUAUGGAGGUGUCAUUACUAGGCAGUCUAACGAAUGUUGGAGGACUCAUGGCCACACCAUUUUGCGGGUACGCCGUCAAUAAAUUCGGGAGGAAAUAUGCUGCUAUUAUGUAUGGAUUACCUUUUGUUAUAUCUUGGGGUAUUAUAUCAGUGGCUAGAUGGCCGCCACUGAUCAUAUUUGCGGUGGCUCUAGGCGGUGUCGGCGCCGCGGGGCAGGCAGUCUCCUCAGUCUACAUCUCAGAGAUAGCUCAGGACUCUAUUAGGGGAGCUCUGACAUCAACCACGGUAUCCGGGUACUUCGUAGGUCUUCUCUUCUCCUACGCUAUAGGAGGUCAGCUCAGUUAUCACCAAGUGGCAUACGUUCAUCUCGCUAUGUCGAUCAUGUAUAUGGUGAUGUUGACAUUUUUGAAGGAAUCGCCAGUUUAUCUGAUCCAGAUUGGGAAAGAUAAGGAGGCCGCGGAGUCUUUGUCAUUCUAUAGACGUGUGCCCUCCACCGCUAAGGAGGUGGAAGUCGAGAUAACUAAGAUUAAACUGCAGAUGGAUCCAAGAAUAGACAAGAUACUGCAAGGUGAAAAUGAUCCAAAUGCAACAAAAGAACUUAUAGAGAAUCAGAAUGAAAUGCCCACAAGAAGUGAAUCACAAUGGAAAUUUUUAAUGAAAUCGGAGUCGUCCCAGCGAGCCAUGGUGUCAGUGCUGAUAGUGAUGUCAGUGACGAUAUUGAUGGGCUCCAUUGUGCUGCAAGUGUACGCNGAGCCGCUGUUCAAGGAAGCCGUACCAACGAUGCAACCCAAUCUGUGCUCUGUUCUUUUAGCUGUAACGUACCUUUUGGCAAGCGUGCUUUGCGCUUUCAUGGUGGAUAAGUUCGGUAGGAGGCCUCUAUUGACGAUCACGUCAGUUGGCUCGGCGCUGUGCAACUUGGUGCUGGGCAGCCAGUUACACGUGCGCUGGGGGCCGCACUGGCUCACCGCGGCCACCAUAUACGCCUACAGCUUCAUUUAUAACUUCGGCGCAGCAAUCGUACCGUUUGUGUUGACUGCUGAGGUCUUCUUGCCAGAGGUACGUGGUCUCGGUAACAGCAUGUCAAUGGCCUGCAUGUGGAUCAUGAACUUUGUUACUCUGAUCAUCUUCAACCCAUUAGUCGACUGGCUCGGUCUCGGGCCAGUGUUCUACGUUUUCUCUUGUAUUUGUCUCCUCGGUGCUACGUACAGCCACUUCUGGUUACCUGAGACUAAAGGGCUACCGGCUGAUGCUAUACAAAAAUUAUUCCUAAAAAAAGAACGUAGAGAUAAGAAAAGGGUUAAAUAAAUUUUAAGGUUUUUUUGU